UUUAAAUUCUACUCCGGCCAUUGCCAAGCCAUGGGUGUCAUUCGCACUCUUGAUCGUUAUCUUGGUUUAGCUAUUGAGGCUAAUUCUGUAUCUUAUUGUCUAGUAGUUGACGAUGUGAUGCGUAAGGUCGGUUCUAUAUCUUUACAGUGUGCUUCUGUUGAGCAUUCUGUUAGGAUAUCUGAUACCUUCCACAUGCUUCGUGAGAGUUUACCUACUCCUGAUGAUACAACACUAUCUGAUCCUGUAUGUUUUGUUGGCAUGCGUGGUGAUACUUUGAAUGCUCGAUCUACUUUUGCUCUACGUCGUGGUUAUAAUAGAUGUCGGAUUCGUACUAUAGUUGAAUGUCAAUCUAGCUCAAUAUUUGGGAGCACCCCUGUUGUAUUCAAGGAGCGUGAAUUGUAUCAUACUAUCGGCCGGAUAACCAACGAGCGUAUAUCGGACAGUUGCACUCUCGUUGAGUGUGCUCGUAAACGAUUACCCAUGCUAUAUAACUUGGAUAAAUCACACUUUGCUGGUAUUGCCAUCGCUUGGUCCACGGCCAUAUGUUUAAAGCGUCGUAUGGAGUUGGAGUCUAUGAAGUUGGACGAGUCGUUUAUGCGUGUUGUUGAAUCACGUGUUAAGCGUGACCGGAUAGUUUGUGGGCUAGUAUCGGCCUUGGAGCGUGAGACUGAUUCGGGCACUGCAUCUGAGUUACAGGAUGCCCUUAGAUCGCGUAUCAACUCAUUGGUAGAUCGGCAUUUGGACAAAUUAUUAUAAU